AUGACUGUCGCCAGGGUGCUACACGUCGCGGCUCUGUUCCUGAUGCAAGGGGAUUUUCCAAGAGCUGGCAGUGAAACCAUAACUGUGAAGGAAGGAGAGGACCUGAAUCUCCGCUGCACCCUCAGCAGUGACGACGGUUCUGCUCGGCAGUGGUUAAACCCUCACGGGUUUGCCAUUUUUCUAAACACCCAGAAGGCUUUAAGAGACCAGAGGUACAAACUUAUCCAUUAUUCAAAGGAUGAAUUAUCCAUCCAACUGUCGAAUGUAACAGUGUACGAUGAAGGCGUAUAUAAAUGCUUCUACUACGGCAGCCCGUUCAAAAGCAAGACGACGACUGUUAAGGUGUUAGCUGCUCCUUCUAAUCCAGUACUGGGCGCAUCCCGAGACACAGAAAGAAGCAUUACAGUGUCUUGCUAUACCCAAGGAUGUAAACCACAGCCCCAGAUUACCUGGCUGUUGGACAACGGGAUAGAGCUCCCUGGUGACACUAAGCACAAGUUAGAAGCUGAUGGGAAGAAAUGGACCACAACCAGCAGGCUGACAGUCCUCGCCUAUGGGCCCAAUUCAACAGCCAGCUGCAUCGUUCGCCACCAAGCACUAAGAGAAGAGAAGCUGAUGGCGUCUUUCCAGUUUGAGGACCUCCCUAGGACAGUGACCACAGCAGUGUCAGAUCUGAAGAGCAGCACAGCCUCCGCUCCAAGCUACCCACAGCAUACUGGAUCCGAACAACCAACCAUCCCUUCUGCAGUACCAGAGGAUCCAGUAGUUACCAGCUCAGCAUCAACACCAACCCAGCAAAACCUCCCACCAGAUGUCACAUCUACUUGGACUGCAACAGCCUUCAAUGGCAAUGUCACAGAAGAGGAAUUUCCCAGAACAGAAGCCCCACUACCAAGCGAAAAUGUGACUGUGAUUUCCAUCAUCACCUUUGAGCAAGAUGUGAAAUCUGAAGGCAUCAAAAAGAAGGGGAACAAUCUCUUGCUGCCCAUCUUGGUGGCUGCUCUGAUUUUCGUGCUGCUCGUCAUUGUCCUGCUUUUCAUGCGGAAGCUGAAAAAAGCUCAUGGAGUGUGGAAGAGAGAAAAUGAUGUUUCAGAGCAGACACUGGAGAGUUAUAAAUCCAAAUGUAAUGAAGACAGUCCAGGCCAUGAGAAGAAUGGACAUGUUGUCAAUCAGAAGUCCAAUGUGCAAUACAUAACAGAAGGAUAUGUGGAAACAACACAGAAGAAUCCAAAAGACAACAACGCCGCAGUAAGCAAGAAACCAUUUGGAUGGGGAAAGGAAACGGAUGUAUAG